GGAAAAUAGAAAACGCGUUAUUAGUUAAAAAAUAUAUAUAUAUAUUAGGAUUGGGUAGUUUGAAUUGUGAAUCGAAGAAUAGAAGAAUUGAAGAAUAUGGGUAGAAAAGAAGAAGAAGAAGUGGCGGUGGGAGUACCAGUUUAUGAAAGAAACGGCAUCCCACCAAACGCGUUGAUCGGAGAUCCCAAAGGUAUUCCCAUCCAACAGACUAUUUACAGAGACACUCCUGCUCCCUUCAAUUGUCCUCACUGCGGUCACACCUCUCUCACCUCUGUCAGAUCCAAGAUUAGUCUGGCUGCAUUCGUUGGAUGCUUGAUGCCGAUGAUGCUUGGAGUUUGCUUUCUUUGUCCUUCCAUGGAUUGCCUCUGGCAUAAAUACCAUUACUGUCCUGAUUGCCACCAAAAGGUUGCUGAUUUUGAGAAAUCGGAUAUCUGUGCUGUGAUGGAUCCGCCAAACUGGACACAAGAGAGCUUUGCAUUGGCUAGAUACUAGUGUAGAUGUUUUCUCAACCUUUUUGCGAUCUCGUGUUGGUUUUUUGGAUCAAAAAUCUUUUUGGCGGUGUAGUCUAGACAUGUGUUUUGUUGGUUGUAUACGGCAUUACAUGUAUAGGAUUAUUCGGUUUAAACCUUAGUGGUAAGUCUUACCUGGAUUAUAAAUUUGUAUGAAGUUAAAUAUUUAAGAGAUGCACAUAUAUUCCAUGCCUCCAAGAUUUUCAAUGUUGGACGUGGUGUUUAAGUGGUGUUCCAAUCUUAGGUGGCCUUAGAUUCAAAGUAGGUGUUUUAUCAUUUCAAUAUAUUAAUUAUUAUAAUUUUUUAAAACUUUUUUAGUGUCGUAUAUCGAAAAAUCGCGAUCUUUCACGAAACGUAUCGCAUGCUUGCAAAUAAUGAUUCGAAUAGAGUCGUCACUGAACUUUAUUUAUUCCAAAAAGAGGAAAGAAAAACUAUCGAUAAAACCUAUGGAAAAAAAAAAGAAAAUGGUCGUCACAAUCAUUUUAUUUUUCAUUCUUGUUCGAUAAGUAAAAGAUCGCAAGCUAACAUCACAUUAACAUUCAAUUGCAAAUCUAAGCAAGAGAUUCCAUGUCUCUCGUUUUAAAUAGAUUGUUAUACAGACAAUGUUGCUUAUAACAUUCUUUCACCGAAAGUCGCCAGACCAUAUUUUGGAGAUCUCUGUGGGAGAUGAUUGGACAGUGGCGAGGUUUAACAAUUAAGACGUAGACAAUGUAAAAUUUGUGGCAAGGGAGAUAAUGAUAAUGAGAAAGCUUGAUUAUCCUAAUAUCAUGAAGCUUCAAAAGUUGAUUACUUCUACAUCUUCUUGUAACUUAUACUUUGUAUUUUAAGUACAUGGAACAUGACAUUGAAGGGUUCUUUGACAAUCUUUA